GUUCGCGCAGGGAAGGAGGCGGCGGGCGCCCUUUGCGGGGGUAAGCCGUUGCGGCGAUUGGGCGACGGUCCCUGAGCCUCCAGUUCCGCGUCGGUUUCAAGGCUCCUCCCUCUUGGUGAAAGACAGACUGCGGGGCGCCUGGAAACCGGUCCGAGGGCGCGCAAGGGAGAGGAGAGGGAGAGAGUUGAGGGAUUGACACAAAUGGUCGGGCGGCGGCGGCGGAGAAGGAGGCGGAGGCGCAGGGGGGAGCCGAGGCCACAGGGCUGCCGUGAGUUGAGCGCUCUACGGGGCUGCGGCCACUAGCGCGGCGCCGUCAGCCGGGAGCCAGCGAGCCGAGGGCCAGGAGGGCGAGACGCGACCCCAGCGUGCCCGAGCCAUCCCGGCUCUACCCGCCGCCGGCGCUUCAUGAAUCGCAAGUUUCCGCGGCAGCGGCGGCUGCGGGACGCGGAGCGGGAGCCGGCCGAGCGGGCCUCGGGCUGGACGGAGGGCACCGGCGCAGAGGAGAUCUCCCCGGACACAGGGGAGACCGCCGCCGGCCGCGCCACAGCUAGCCCCAGCCAAGCGGCGCCGAGAAAGUAUGGCUGAGGAGGAGGCGCCUAAGAAGUGCCGGGCCGCCGGCGGCAGCGGGAGCUGGGAACUUUGUGUCCGGGCGCUCCUGGCCGGGCCGCCGGCGGAGGGGAGCGGGGAUACCGGCAGCCGCCGCCGCCCCCCCCAUCCCCGUCCCCCAGCUGACCCCGGACGCUUGGCGCGCAGGCUGCUGCUGCUACUUUGGCUGCUGGAGGCUCCGCAGCUGCUGGGGGUACGGGCGCAGGCGGCGGGCCAAGGGCAGGGGCCCGGGCCGGGCCAGCAGCCCCCGCCACCGCCUCAGCAGCAGCAGAGCGGGCAACAGUACAACGGCGAGCGGGGCAUCUCCAUCCCAGACCAUGGCUACUGCCAGCCCAUCUCCAUCCCGCUGUGCACGGACAUCGCGUACAACCAGACUAUCAUGCCCAACCUGCUGGGCCACACGAACCAGGAGGACGCGGGCCUCGAGGUGCACCAGUUCUACCCUCUGGUAAAGGUGCAGUGCUCCGCCGAACUCAAGUUCUUCCUGUGCUCCAUGUACGCUCCCGUGUGCACCGUGCUGGAGCAGGCGCUGCCUCCCUGCCGCUCCCUGUGCGAGCGAGCGCGCCAGGGCUGCGAGGCGCUCAUGAACAAGUUCGGCUUCCAGUGGCCUGACACUCUCAAGUGCGAGAAGUUCCCGGUGCAUGGCGCCGGCGAGCUGUGCGUGGGCCAGAACACGUCGGACAAGGGCACCCCGACCCCCUCGUUGCUGCCAGAGUUCUGGACCAGCAACCCCCAGCACGGCGGCGGACACCGGGGCGGCGGCUACCCGGGGGGCGCCGGCGCGUCCGAGCGAGGCAAGUUCUCGUGCCCGCGCGCCCUCAAGGUGCCUUCCUACCUCAACUACCACUUCCUUGGGGAGAAGGACUGCGGUGCGCCCUGUGAGCCGACCAAGGUAUACGGGCUCAUGUACUUCGGGCCGGAGGAGCUGCGCUUCUCGCGCACCUGGAUCGGCAUCUGGUCGGUGCUGUGCUGCGCCUCCACCCUCUUCACGGUGCUCACGUACCUGGUAGACAUGCGGCGCUUCAGCUACCCGGAGCGACCCAUCAUCUUCCUAUCGGGCUGCUACACGGCGGUGGCGGUGGCCUAUAUCGCCGGCUUCCUGCUGGAGGACCGGGUGGUGUGUAACGACAAGUUCGCCGAGGACGGGGCGCGCACGGUGGCGCAGGGCACCAAGAAGGAGGGCUGCACCAUCCUCUUCAUGAUGCUCUACUUCUUCAGUAUGGCCAGCUCCAUCUGGUGGGUGAUCCUGUCGCUCACCUGGUUCCUGGCGGCCGGUAUGAAAUGGGGCCACGAAGCGAUAGAGGCCAACUCACAGUACUUCCAUCUGGCCGCCUGGGCCGUGCCCGCCAUCAAGACCAUCACCAUCUUAGCUCUGGGCCAGGUGGACGGCGACGUGCUGAGUGGGGUGUGUUUCGUGGGGCUCAACAACGUGGAUGCGCUGCGCGGCUUCGUGCUGGCGCCCCUUUUUGUGUACUUGUUCAUUGGCACCUCCUUCCUGCUGGCGGGCUUCGUGUCGCUCUUCCGCAUCCGGACCAUCAUGAAGCACGAUGGCACCAAGACCGAGAAGCUGGAGAAGCUCAUGGUGCGCAUCGGCGUCUUCAGCGUGCUCUACACGGUGCCGGCCACCAUAGUCAUCGCCUGCUACUUCUAUGAACAGGCCUUCCGGGACCAGUGGGAGCGCAGCUGGGUGGCCCAGAGCUGCAAGAGCUACGCCAUCCCCUGCCCCCACCUCCAGGCGGGCGGGGGCGCCCCGCCCCUCCCGCCCAUGAGCCCCGACUUCACAGUCUUCAUGAUCAAGUACCUUAUGACGCUGAUCGUGGGCAUCACGUCGGGCUUCUGGAUCUGGUCGGGCAAGACCCUCAACUCCUGGAGGAAGUUCUACACCAGGCUCACCAACAGCAAACAGGGGGAGACCACCGUCUGAGGACGGAGGUACCCAGCCCGUUCCCAGCCCCUCGGCCCAGUCCCAGCCACUCCACAAGAGCCAGCCCCAGGAAUCCAUCCCAAGCCUGGCUACUCGAGCCUUCCUCGCUAGACAGACACUUCUGCAGGCUUCUUUUAACGACGCAACUCCUGCAAAAGCGUCAGUCCCGGGGGCAGACGGACAUGGGGGCCGACUCUACCCUAACACUCUGGUAACAGGACUGUACGCUUUUAUGAUUGUAAAUAGACUGUAAGAUUUUUGUAAGUAUAUUUGUAUUUAAAUGACGGCCGAUCACGCGUUUUUCUUUUUUAAUUUUGAUUAUUUAGGACGGUUCAACCAUUUGAGGCUUUUUCCUUUUCGCGCUUUUGGGAGUACUGCAGAGGGGAAAACUCGAGCGCAUCCUCCCUGCCGCGUGUUGCAGGGGUCUGUCUGGGCACCGGCUCUGGGUCGAGUCCUGCGCGGCGGGGUGCAGCUGGGGUCACUUCUCUUCUCCUUCUUCUGCUCCCUCCCUUCUCUUCCCUUGCUUGGGGUGGGGCCUCUUUAGAUAACGAACACCACAAAGCUUCCAAAUCCUGUGGUGGGCCCCUGCCCAUUCGAUUCAACCCUCGCCCAUCCCAAUUCAGCCCCUCGCCCGAGGGCAAAUUGAGAAGGCCUGUCCCUUAGACUUCGAGAAGAUGAAGUUUCACUGUGGAGAACCUUCCCCCCAGCCCCGCAGGCGUUCACUGGUGUGGCCGCGGGCAGUCCCAGUCUCCCUCCUCUCUCCCCUUCUGGGCCCAGACACUCCCUCCUCCAUCCUUAAGUUGGUUGGAGGGUGAGUGGGAUAACCAAUACCAAACUUUUUUUUUUGAUGGAUGAGCUCAUUUCAUUCCCAAGCGUCUAAAACCUGGGAUGGGUUUGGCCGGCGUCAUGGAAAGAUGUGGUUACUGAGAUUUGGGAAGAGGCAUGAAGCUUUGUGUGGGUUGGGAGAGACUGAAGAUGGGGUUACAAAAUGUUAAUUCUAAUCGCACACUGAUGCCUGGCAACCUGCCCCUAGAACUGAGACAGACGAGCAUUUAGAUUUUACCAUUCUGUAAAAUGAAAAUGUUGAGGUCACUUGGAAAGCUUUGUUAAGGAGUUGAUAUUUGCCGUCAGUAACAGGACAGCAGCACAUAAUCAGAAUAUGAAAACGUGAAGGAGAUUUCAAUGUAAUGGACUUCCCCAGAUUGAGUGCUGUUUUCUUAUUUUUAAUCAAACAAUAAUUAGAUAUAUAUCAAAAACUUUAAAAUGUAAAUUUCUACAUUUUCAACUUAUUAUUAUUCAGCCACAUAUUCUGAGGGAGAAACAAUGCACUCUAUUAAUAAUAACUUGAUAAGAUUUCAGAAGGUAAAGAAAGUGUUUUAAUGGAUGGGGUUAGCUCCUCAAACAAAAUACUGGCAUGCAUGCUAAAGGGAAAAUGUGUGCAGGUCUGCGUUAAAUCUUGUGUCCUCCUUUUAUACAGAUUUACAGAAAUUUGUCAGAUGUAAACCUUUCAAAGCCAUUUAAAUAUCUUCUGUUCUCUGUGAAAAGGAGGAGAAAAACAAUCCUCCUGAUUGUAUUGUUAUAAACUUUAAGAGUUUAUCAAAAUGCUGGUACUUAGGACCUAAAUUUAUCUAUGUCUGUCACACCCUAAAAAGACAAUGGUCUUUGAAUUUGGUAUACAUUUAUUCUGUUCACUAUCACAAAAUCAUCUAUAUUUAUAGAGGAAUAGAAGUUUAUAUAUAUAAAAUACCAUAUUUUUAAUUUCACAAAUAAAAAUUAAAGUUUUAUACAAAA